UCGAUCGUUUUUCCUUUUUUUUCUCUUCCACACCGACGAACGCGUAUCCCUCUCGCCGGCUCCGUCUCUUUGUCUUCCGUCUUCACGACUUCAUCUCUUCGGUCCUCUCCUCAGUGCGCCGAUCGCCAUGACCGACGCCAGCCAGUCAUCGCCGCAGCUCUCCCACAGACCAGCAAAAGGGUUUCAGUUUGGAAAAAUUCAGAGAAACACCUAGAAAGUUUCUGACUGAAGGUCGUAAUUGAUGUAAGUAAUGUCAACUGAUAAUUGUCAUUUGUCAUGCAACUUUCUAUGGUUUUUGUUCGUGUGAGACAGUGAGAUUAAUAAAUGAUGAAGAUUAAAGAUCGCUGGAUUAUGUGAUAUUGUGAUGGAAUGGCUCUUGUCUAUGUAUGCAUAUGCUGAAUUGCUAAUAAUAUUUUGUUGACAACUCACAACUUCGCGGCCACGAGAAAGACGGCCUACCAAUUUGUAUAUAUAGCUACCAGAAGCGGCCAUGGCGUCCUCUAGUCGCAACAAUGGCGCACCCUUGCCCGUCCUCCUCCUCCUUCUCCUUCAUGGUGGCAGCCGCGGUCGUCGUCGCCGCAGCUUCGUUAGCCGACGUUGCCGCGGCCUCUCCGUCGUCACCCAAGGCAACACCGCCGCCGCCACCCCCAUGCAUGGCGUCACAGUCGGUCGUGGUGUUCCUCCGCGCGCGCUGCGCCAGCACGCUCUACCGGCUGACCUGCUACGACGCGCUCAUCCCCUACGGGUGCACGUUCCGGACCAGCCCUGUCAAGCUCGCCCGCGCCGCCGCCGACGUCAACGCGGCGAGCCUCAAGAACCUGACGGCACUCACCAAGCAGCUCGUGUCCCGCGGCAUCCCCGGCGAGGCACCCGGAAUAGCCAAGGAGAUCCAAGACUGCGCGAGCGGGUUGUCGUCGGCGUUGAGCCUCGCCAAGCAGACGGCGGCCGAGCUCGCCAGGCUCGACGCGAUGGGGGAUGCCCCGACGGGGAACCAGGCGAGCUGGGCUUUGUCCAACGCGAAGACGUGGCUGAGCGCCGCGAUGACGAACGAGGCCACCUGCGCCGACGAGCUUGGGUCGACGGGCGCCGCCGUGUCGCCGGCAGCGAGGGAGGUGAUCGCAGGGGUGGUGACCGCCAGGCAGUACACCAGCAUCGCGCUCUCGUUUGUCAAUGCCAUUCCGCUGUCGUGAGCGCUUUCUUUCGUUCUGGGACGGAGGACAUAAACAUGUGUAUACUGCACGGGCUAGCAAGUUUAAACAUAUUUUUCAAUUCAGUUACAGUCAACAUAUUUCUUUAUUUGUCGGGUGAGUGACUUCUAUUCUCUCGAUAAAGAUCUCACCAUUUUAUCGAUUUGAAUAUUAGUAAGCAUGCACGUGGAAUAACUGCAGGAGCCUUUCGAAUUUGAUGGGCCAUCUGUGAUAGAAUCCAACAGCAUAUUACACAUACAAUCAUAUUUGAUGGGCCAAGACAUGACAUAUUUUAGAUUACUGUAUUUUGUUUAGCCCGUCACUGAUCGAGAUAUCAUCUCUGAAGGGUGUAAAGUUAGACCCAACACAAUAUAUCGGUGAUGAAUAUAAUUAAGAAAUCGUCACGGAUAACAUCAUGACGGGUCAUAAACAAGGGUCGUCAGAGAUCAGUGUGCGUGUGUCCAUUUCUGUUGCAUUUUGUAUUCCAUUCUACACAUUUCGGGUAGGGGUUGUAAG